CAGAAAUUGAACGUAGCAUAAAGUUGGUUUCCACGGCAACGCGUCACAACAACUGAGACGAAGAUGGUUUACAUCACAGAGGAGCUGAUCCGGCGGCGGGCCGAGCACAACGACUGUGAGAUCCUCUCCCUGGAGGAGGUUUCUCUGCACCAGCAGGACAUCGAGCGGAUCGAGCAUGUGGACCGGUGGUGCCGGGAGCUGAGGAUCCUCUACCUGCAGAACAACCUCAUCCCCAGAAUCGAGAACGUGGGGCGCCUGAAGAAGCUGGAGUAUCUGAAUCUGGCCUUGAACAACAUCCAAGUCAUUGAAAACCUGGAAGGCUGUGAGAGCCUGCGGAAGCUGGACCUGACGGUGAACUUUGUGGGCCUGCUGAGCAGCGUGGAGUCGCUGCAGCACAACGCCCACCUGAGGGAGCUCUUCCUGGUGGGGAACCCCUGCACCGAGUUCCAGGGCUACCGGCAGUACGUCGUGGCGGCGCUGCCUCAGCUCAAGUGGCUGGACGGGACGGAGAUCAGCCGGUCGGAGCGGAUCAGAGCCUCGCAGGGCCUGGAGCAGGUGAGGAGGCGAGUCAGGGAGCAGGAGCAGGAGUACCUGAGGAGGAGAGAGGAGCAGAGAGAGGAGGCUUCACGACGAGACAAGGAGAGGAAACCAGACUCACAGGACGACAAGGAGAACCUGCGGAGCGCCGAGGAGGAGGAGCAGGACUUCUGGCACACGCCCUGCUCCUUCACCCCCGAGUCCCGGCUGGAGGCGCACCGCCGCCUGGAGGAGGAGAAGAACGCCAACAGGAAGGAACCAGAGAAGAAGAACAAACCUCCCAGGACUCUGAUCACCGCUGACGGACGGGUCAUGAACAUCAACGAACCCAAGUUGGCCUUUUCUCUGACUGAGGAUGAGGAAAACGACGCUGUUGUGUUGGACCUGGCCGUUUACAGUUCAGAGUCAGCUGACCUGAAGCGUCUCAUCCUCAGACACAUGGACACCUCCCUGAUGGACGUGGACGUCCAGCCGACGUACGCCAGAGUCAGCGUCAAAGGAAAGAUGUUCCAGGUGGUUCUUCCUGCAGAGGUGAAACCCGACAGCUCGACGGCCCGGCGCUCCCAGACCACCGGACACCUGGUUCUGACCAUGCCCCGGGCUGAAGGCGAACUCAGAGGGCAGAAGCCCGUUCCUCGCCGGCGCCGAGACGCUCCGAGCCGCAGCUCAGCAGAGGACCGGAACAGAAAGGAUAAAAUUCCUGAGAGGCUGGAAGUUGAUCCCAGUAAACGUAAAUCCGUUGAUAUCACCAACAUCGUGUCUGAGCGGAGCAGCGGAGAAGAUCUUCAGGAAAAACGGGAUUUAACAGCAGAACUCCCUGAAGGGUUCAUGGACGACCCCGAGGUUCCUCCACUCAUUUAAAUGUUUUAAAGACAAAGUUUCGCUGCCGCUCCACAGAAAAUGACGCAAAAGGCAAAUCCUGGUUACGUGAUUUUAAUUGUCUUACAGCAAAACAAAUAUUAGUGAUGGCAACAAAACCUCAGAAGAUUCUGACAGAAAAACAGAUUUUAUUUUUUAUUUCAGUAAAAAGAUUUUCUUCUGGACAGUUUUUUGGUGUUUUAGUUUUUUAAUCCUUUUUCUUGAGCUUAAGUACAGAUUCCACAUGCAUGUUAUAAAUAUUAAGACCAAACAUGAUUUAUCGCCUCGACAAACAAAAACACAAAUAUAACUUAAAUCUGCUGUAAUGUGUGAAACUACUGACCUUCACUCUUAAUUGUGUUUUAAUCUGACUGUCUUUAGUUGCAGUUUGUGACAGAUUCGUUAUGGUAAACUGGGAUUUUCAUGUUUUUGUGGAUUUGGGUGUUAUUGGUCUCAGAUUGAAGAAUCAGUGGAACCAUAAUGAGGAAGCUGGCUGCCUCUCCGGACGUCCAGAAGAGUUUCUGCAGCUUUUCUCCAACGUUUGAGCUCAGUGUCUGCCUGGAAUCGUUUCAUUUCUUUGCAAAGAGCAAGUGUUAAAUUAGUUUCUAACUCCUCGGAGGAACCCGGCGUGCUAACUGAACGCUGAAGCUUCCUGCUUCUGAUCUGAUGAGGCCUCACAGGUUUAUUCGUCUCUGUCAGCGACUCUUCAGCCUCAUUGGCCUCAACAGGAAACCUCCAAUCUGCAGAAAGAAAAUGUCGUCAGAGUAGCUGUUAGCUCAAAUAUUAGCUUAAACUUUAGCUCAACUGUUCCCUUUAAAAUGUUUGUGCCUGUUUGCUUGACUUUGAGAAAAUGUAAUAUUUGCUUAAAUAUUCACCGUACUCUUAACCUCAUCUGUAACUUAUUGGUCACUUAAACUGUGAUCUUGGCUGAAGGUUAGCUCUUCUAUUAGCUUGUCUAUUAGUUCAUCUGCCAACUCAGCUGGCAGCUUCCUCUUCUUUUGGGUUUUAUUAGCGGUUAGCAAACCAACUUAAGCUAACUAUCAGUCAGCUGUUAGCUUGACUGAUAGUUUUACUUUAAGUAGAGAAGCUAUUAGCUCUGUAGCAUGUUAGCUUAAUUAUUACAUGGCUAUUAAUGUUAGCAGUGUGAUUGUUUACAUGACUGUGUGAUUGCUAUCUCACUGUUCAUUAUUGGCUUGACUAUCAUAUUAACUGUUUAUAUGAAUGUUAGCAUUAGCGUAGCUCAAGAGGUUCUUGACUGUUAGCUUGAAUAUUAGUGAGAUUUUAGCUCAGCUUUCAUUCUGUCACUUUAUUAAUUAGCUUCACUGUCUUGAGUGUUUAGAGAACUGUUAGCUUAAGUAUAGCUUGUAUUAGCAUGACUGUUUCUUAAAGUGAUUGAGUAAACUGUCAUGCUAACGGCCGUUUGUCUGAGUGCAACCCUGACUGUUAGGUCAAAGGUCAACUUGAGAAUUAAUGAAGGCAACAGAGUCUCUCAUCUAAAGGUCGUUUUCAGUUCAGAAGCUUAUAGGAUGAGAGUCUUAGGUUUAUAAACUGUCAUCAGAUCAAUCAUGCUGAUUGGGAAUUAGAGCAUCACUAAUGAGGCUGAAAUAUUUUCAAGAUAACAAAAGUCCAGUUAUCUCCCUUUAUAACUCUGCUUAAUAUUUAAGCUGUUCGGUUAAAUAUUAACUGAAUUGUUGAUUUGGCUGUUAGCUCAGCAAUUAGCUUGACUGAUGUGUUGUUAGCAGUUAGCGUAGCCUCUCUCAUACUGACCUUUAUUGAUGGAUGUUUAACUGCUGCUGGUCGACCAAAGUUAGUUUCUUUUUAAGUGAACAUAUUCCUCUCAUUAAUUCAUUAACUACUAAAAUCCUGACUUGUUCUCUUCCCUGAUUUAAUUUUGUGCUGCUUUUAAGCCGCAGCUGCAGGAAAAUCGAUGCGCUGUGGCUGUUUUUGUGUUUUGUUUGCGGUUUUAGGCCGUCGAGUUGUGCUGCUCGGCCUCAGAUUCAGUUCCUCUGCCAGACUUUGAUUAGAAGCUCCUCUCUGCCCAGAGGACAUAAACUUAUUCUUCAGCUCGCUCUUCUCUCCUUGAAUCUCGGCUGAACUCUCCUGAGUCUUCACUUUCCUCUUGAGUUGUCACCUUAAAAAGCUCCGAGGUCGCUCCUCCUCUUCCUCGCCCUGCUCUUCCUCCUCUGUACGCCUGCAGGAAUCGUUCUGCCAUCCUGACGGCUUCACUCUUUUAUUAUCCAGGCUAUAUUUGGACUGAGCUGUGUGCGCCGUACAGCAGGAUGUUUGUCUUUACUGCAACCUGAAAGUACAUCAGAGCUGAUGGAAGGCAGCCUGGAGCCGCACUAGCUAAUUUCUCCACUUUCACUGGAAAACAUCUUAUUAUUUUAACUCAGAAAUGAUGAUCGAUCAGGUCUUUGCAGGCUGCAGAUUUCUGAUUUAUUGGUAAUAAAUCUCCGGCUCUGCGCCGCUGGUGCAGUAACUCAGUGGGUGCUUCCCACUUCCACAGCUUUUCUAAAUGAAUGCAUGUUUAUUUAUAGGCAAAGCAAAUGUGAUGCUCAUCAGUUUUAUCAGGACUGAGAGGAAACAAACUCAAAAAUAAAUUCAACUUCAUGCAAAUAAAGUUUACAUGGAAAACAGCAACUGUGGGUUUCUGAGCAGUUUUAGGAAAUAUUCAGAACAAAUUCUUCGGUUAACCAGGAGACAGUUCUGACUUUGAAUAGGCCAUUUAUUUUUCUAGAUUAUUUUGCCAGACAUAUAAUCUAAUUGGUUAAUCUGUAAACCGGAUUGUCUCUGUAACGACUGCACCAAAUGAAAACAGACCGAAGGAGGACCGAGUGCGGCGCCCUGUGGAGCUCCGUCAGUAAAACUUUAUCUGAUCUCAGGACAGAAACAGAAAAUACUGCCGAUGUGUUCACAGCACUGAGAAACAUUACAGCAAGCUGCUGUUUUAAAAACAAAUCAGUCUGAAUGAUUUAAUGAUACUUUAGAUGUAAAUACAUUUUGGUUCAUUUAUUUGGGUUUUGCUUCAUUUCAGACAUUUAAAUGUGUAUUUGUGUUGUAUAUAGUUUAUAUUUGUUUCCUGAUAUUCGUCUUUAAAGCAGAUUUAAUCUAAUCUUGUGUUUUUUCUGAUAUGAAUCAGCAUCAUUGUUAAAUCUCCAUUUUUCCACAAAUCUGUAAAUUCUUGAUCAAAUUGUCUGGAAGCAGCUUAGAAACCAUCAGUGUAUUUAACAGCUGAUUGAAUUUACUGUCACACUGGGACCAUUAUGUCGGGGUUAAUGGCUCAGAGUGCUGACUGACUGGUUUUUGUGGUCAACCUGGUUUUAAUGGUUAAUUUUCUUCCUGUCCUUUGAAUUAAAUGCUCCGUUGUUUUUC